GGCGUUGGUAUUUUAUCCCAAGGGCCUUCUUUUUUUUACUUGUUGGAGCCUGACGUGAACUUUUCUUUCUUCUGCUCUUCCUUUGGUGUGUAUAGUCGUCCUUUUAAUCUCAACCACUGGAACCUCCUUUCUCUGCAUCCAGCUCCAACGUCACCGUUCCAUCGUACAGCAAAUAGGCGAGGGACCUGCAGCCAGCACCACCCCAAGACGGAAAAAAAAGCGAGACAUCGAACUCAAACACGGUACGAAUUCGGCAAUAUUCUAUUGAUUCAUUGUUUGUUGCUCUGUUCUUCUAUGGCCAGUGCUGCCAUUCUCGACAAAUAAACAAAUAGAAUACAACUCGAUUAUUUCGUCGGUUCUCAGUCGAGCCAACAAUGGCAGAUUCCGCGGCCCAGCACCCUUCGGCGGCCGCCGCUGCUUCACUAGCACAAGCACAAGCACAAGCACCAGAGACCACCACAGCCAACAUCAACACAACACAAACUGAACAAUGCAGCAAAACAGAAGCAGAUGCCACUGGCCGAGUGGCCCCCGAACAAGGCGUCUUGACGUCCGAUACCGAUGCCAGCGCCAGCCAGACCAGCGAAAAAGAAGCUCCCAAAGCCCUCGAGGCACCUGAGGAUGGCCGCACAGCGCUCGAGUCGACCAUCAUCGUGCUCGCUCUGUGUAUUGCUCUCUUCUUAGCCGCUCUCGACAUGUCCAUCAUCACUACGGCCGUCCCGACCAUUGUUGCGCACUUCCAAUCCAGCACCGGCUACGUAUGGGUGGGCAGUGCCUAUCUUCUUGGAAACGCUGCCUUUGUGGCCACAUGGGGCAAGGUGUCGGAUAUCUUUGGGCGCAAGACUACGCUGCUUGUUGCCGUUGGUGUCUUCCUCAUAGGCUCACUGCUCUGUGCCCUCAGCCAGAGCAUGGGCAUGCUGAUUGCUGCUAGAGCCAUCCAGGGUGUUGGCGGUGGUGGCACCAUUCUGCUCCCCAACAUCUGCGUGUCGGAUCUCUUCUCGGUGCGCAAGCGCGGCAUGUACUUUGGCAUCUUUGGCAUGGUCUGGGCUAUUGCCGGCGCUCUUGGCCCCAUCAUCGGUGGUCUGUUUACAAGCAAGGUCUCAUGGCGUUGGUGCUUUUGGAUCAACUUGCCUACUGGCGGCGUUGCCUUUCUCAUCCUUGUCUUCUUCCUCAAGCUGCAUAACCCGCGUACACCCCUAAAGGAGGGUCUCUUGGCUAUUGACUGGACCGGCAAUCUUCUCGUUAUUGGAGGUACGCUCAUGGUGUUGAUUGGCCUCGAGUUUGGCGGCGUCCAGUUUGCGUGGAACUCGGCGACAGUCAUUUGCCUCAUCGUCUUUGGUAUUGUCACGCUUGCGAUUUUUGGAUUCUACAUUGCCAAGAUUGCCAAAUUCCCCGUCGUACCGCUUCGCGUCUUCCAGUACCAAAACUGCGCUCCUGCCUACUUGCUCAGCAUUAUGCAUGCAAUGGCGUUUAUGGGCACAAACUACUAUCUCCCGCUCUACUUCCAGGCCGUCCUGGGAGCCAACUCGCUCAUGUCCGGUGUCUAUUUGCUGCCUUUUGUUCUCACUCUGUCUAUUGUGUCCUUCUUUUCGGGAAUGUUGAUCAAAAAGACGGGCAACUUCCAAAUCCCCAUUGUCACGGGUCUUUUCGUCAUGACCAUUGGCCUUGGCCUGUUUAUUGACCUGGGGUCUGUGCCAAACUGGGGCAAAAUCAUCCCUUUCCAGAUGAUUGCCGGUUUUGGUGUUGGUCCCAACUUCCAGGCGCCUCUUAUCGCCAUUCAAGCUAAUAUCGAGCCCCGUGAUAUUGGUGCAGCUACGUCGAGCUUUCAGUUUGCUCGCCAGAUUGGCACCUCUGUCGCCGUCACUGUCGGCGGCGCCAUUUUCAACAACGUUAUGAACAAGCAACAGGAUAUGCUCAAGGCGGCACUGACCCCAGAGCAGGCUAGCCUGUUCACUGGAGAUCACGCUGCCGCUAGCAUCACCAUCAUCGACACGCUGCCCAACGACCGCGACCAAAUUCAGACUGUCAAGAACGCGUACUGGAACGCUCUGCAGACCAUGUACAUCUUCUUUACUUGUGUCUGCUUUAUCGGCCUCCUCAUCAGCUCUUUGAUCCGACAGGCAACGCUAUCCAAGAACCACACAGAGCACAAGACUGGCCUGCAGACGCUGAAGAAGGAGGAGCGCGUCAAGAAGAAUGCGCCCGACGAGGAGCGUCCUGAGCAGGCCCAGACGGUUUCCGAGAAGGAUUCCAACAGUCAAAAAUAACUGACCACGUUUUGGCUGGAUUGGAAUGACUUUAUUUGAUUCAUUGUACAUGAUUUGCAUAUCGCGGCUGGCGUCAGAUACCUCAUCUUUUCGGCAUAUAUGAGUGCUGUUGGAGUUUUUAUGAUUUUUACAUAACAAAUGGAUAGUGUGUAAUUUACAAUAAAAGCAUAUAUAUUUUGAAAAGAUCCUCCUUUGC